AUGCAUAACCACGAUGCUAUUGACCAAACGACAGGUGAGGCAAAAAAGUCUGAAAUAAUAACAUUUUAUAAUUUGACGAAAGAAGCUGCCGAUGUGGUGGACCAAAUAUCAGCAGCAUAUUCAACUGCAAGAAUGAGCAAAAGAUGGCAGAUGGUUCUAUUCUUUACACUGCUAAAUACUGCUGCAAUUAAUGCUCGAGUAUUACUCCAAUACUCAAAAUAUCCAUUCUUACAGCAAAGGAAGCGAAGUCAGUUUUUGAGUUGCAACAGAUUUGCUGAAAGACUAUACAGCGGAGAGGUGCCAUGUCUCCCUCGACAUUUGCAAGAAAAACUAUCUUCCAAGAGCAAAGAACCUACUGCUAAAAAACAGGAAGUAAUUGAGAGAAAAAGGUGCUAUGUUUGGCCAAGUUCAAAGAACCGAAAAUCUAAGCUAAGUUGUACAAAACGUGAAAGAAAUGUCUGUGGAGAUUAUUCUGUUUUAACAUGUACCAAUUGUACGUAA